UGAAUAGGGGUCAAGGGAAAUUCGACCAAACUGUUGGAGCAAACGAGACAGAAGCAUAAGACCGAAGGGGGGGCCUCAUUAGGGUUAACGUUGUCUCGCUUCCAUUGUGAGCUCCACGAGAGUUGCCGUCCUCAUGCGUGGAUUGCCUCUGUCGGGCGCUGCGUCGCACGUGAUCGACACUCCGUUUUGAGUGGAAGAUCCGUUGAAGUAACAACAGCGUUGCAAUUCUCUUCAAGUUCGUUGGAUUUUUGUUUGCUUAUUUACUUCACCAGGGAAGUGCAUUUUUGGCGCGUUUUGGUGGAGGUUGAUUGAAACGCAGGGCUGGUUUUGUGGUCUGUGCCAGAGGGGUUAGCGGAGUUGCUUAGAUUUUCAGAGCGAGAGAGAGAGAGAGAGAGCGAGCCACCAUGUUCGGGCGUGCGCCUUCGAAGAAAAGUGAUAACUCUAAGUAUUAUGAUGUCCUUGGGGUGCCCAAGAGUGCAUCGCAAGAUGAGCUUAAGAAGGCUUAUAGGAAAGCAGCAAUUAAGAAUCAUCCUGACAAGGGCGGAGAUCCAGAGAAGUUCAAAGAGCUUGCUCAGGCUUACGAAGUUCUAAGUGAUCCGGAGAAGCGUGAAAUAUACGAUCAGUAUGGUGAAGAUGCUCUCAAAGAAGGAAUGGGUGGAGGAGGUGGUGGACAUAACCCGUUCGACAUCUUCGAGUCUUUCUUCGGUGGUGCCAGCAACCCGUUUGGAGGUAGCAGUGGCAGGGGUGGCAGAAGACAGAGGAGAGGAGAAGAUGUAGUGCACCCCUUGAAAGUUUCGCUUGAUGAUCUUUACAACGGAACAUCAAAGAAGCUCUCUUUGUCAAGGAAUGUCAUUUGCCAGAAGUGUAAAGGGAAAGGGUCAAAGACAGGUGCUUCCAGUCGGUGUGCAGGGUGUCAAGGGUCAGGUACGAAGGUCUCAAUUCGCCAAUUGGGCCCCAACAUGAUCCAGCAGAUGCAGCAUGUGUGCUCGGACUGCAGAGGCUCAGGUGAGACAAUCAGCGAGAAGGACAAGUGUGGGCAGUGCAAGGGUCAGAAAGUAGUCCAGGACAAGAAAUUGCUGGAGGUGCAUGUAGAGAAAGGCAUGAUGCACGGACAGAAGAUCACGUUUCAAGGCGAGGCUGACGAGGCGCCUGACACACAGACUGGAGAUAUCGUGUUCGUGUUGCAAUUGAAGGAGCAUCCUAAGUUCAAGAGGAAAGGGGAUGAUUUGUUUGUGGAGCACACAUUGAGCUUGACAGAGGCUCUAUGUGGUUUCCGAUUUCCUUUGGUUCACUUGGAUGGAAGACAGCUUCUAAUUAAGUCUGAUGCUGGGGAGAUCAUCAAGCCAGGUCAAUUUAAGGCUAUCAACGAUGAGGGUAUGCCUCAUUACCAGAGGCCUUUCAUGAAGGGCAGGCUAUUUUUGCAUUUUAACGUCGAGUUCCCUGAGUCUGGUGGAUUGACACCAGACCAAUGCAAAGCCUUGGAAACAAUUUUGCCUCCUAGACCAAGUCAAAUGACAGACAUGGAGCUUGACGAGUGUGAAGAAACUACACUAAUCGAUGUGAACUUUGAGGACGAGAUGAGAAGGAAACAGCAACAACAGCAGGAGGCUUACGAUGAGGAUGAGGAGUCCUCAGGACCACGCAUUCAGUGUGCCCAACAGUAGGCACGUCUGAAGUAUUCUGACCCUGGCUGGGUCUUGGUCUUGUGCUUAUUCGAUUGCAUCCGAAUUAGAAAGGUAGUAUCUAUACGUUACUUCUGUUUUGUUUCAAUCACCUGUAGGAAUAAUUUGAAGUACAUGUAGAUGGAAUUUACCUGAAAUUGGGAUUUAAGAUUACUAAAUUUUUUCUGAGGAAGGUGUGCCAAUUCAAUUGCAACAUUGGAUUGGGUGGAGUCAUCAUUAUUGACUCGCUCUGUAGAGGUCUUUCAUCCGUCUAAAUUGGUGACGAUGAAAGCAGAGAACAUUUUACUAUUAGCUUCUUCAUCAAGAGGCUGUUAUAAUGGCAAUUGAAGUCAUGGGUUUGGUGUCACAAUUACCCGUCUCACCGAUCACCUGUCUUAUCAUAUGUUAUUAGACAGAUAGAUAUUGAACAAAACCAGAUCUUUCGCUUUUUGUGCGAGGCGUUUUGUGGAUCCCCCCCCGUGCCAGCUGACGCUGAAGGCAUGGAGUGGCGGUAGCUUAUUGUUUGGGAUCCACCAAGAUUGGAUAGAUGGAAUGGUUAAUAUUA